AUGCCCCCACCGAUUCAACUACCGACGCCCCCACUGAUGCACCUACCGACGCCCCUACUGAUGCACCUACUGAUGCCCCUACUGAGGCACCUACCGACGCCCCUACCGAUUCGCCUACCGACUCCCCCACCGAUUCGCCUACCCUACCCUACUGAUGCACCUACCGAUGCCCCCACCGAUUCAACUACCGACGCCCCCACUGAUGCACCUACCGACGCCCCUACUGAUGCACCUACUGAUGCCCCUACUGAGGCACCUACCGACGCCCCUACCGAUUCGCCUACCGACUCCCCCACUGAUGCACCUACCGACGCGCCCACUGAUGCACCUACCGAUUCACCCACUGAUGCACCUACCGACGCCCCAACCGAUUCACCCACUGAUCCACCUACCGAUUCCCCAACCGACUCCCCCACUGAUUCACCUACCGACGCCCCUACCAAUUCACCCACUGAUACACCUACCGACGCCCCUACUGAUGCACCUACCAACGCCCCUACUGAUGCACCUACUGAGGCACCUACCGACGCCCCUACCGAUUCACCCACUGAAGCCCCUACCGACUCCCCCACCGAUUCGCCUACCGACUCCCCCACCGAUUCGCCUACCAACGCCCCCACUGAUGCACCUACCGACGCGCCCACUGAUGCACCUACCGAUUCACCCACUGAAGCCCCUACCGACUCCCUAACCGAUUCGCCUACCGACGCCCCCACUGAUGCACCUUCCGACGCGCCCACUGAUGCACCUACCGAUUCACCCACUGAAGCCCCUACCGACAACCCUACUGAUGCACCUACCGAUUCACCAACUGACGCCCUUACCGACGCCCCUACUGAUGCACCUACCGAUGCCCCCACCGAUUCGCCUACCGACGUCCCCACUGAUGCACCUACCGACGCCCCUACUGAUGCACCUACUGAUGCCCCUACUGAGGCACCUACCGACGCCCCUACCGACGCCCCUACCGAUUCGCCUACCGACUCCCCCACCGAUUCGCCUACCGACGCCCCCACUGAUGCACCUACCGACGCGCCCACUGAUGCACCUACCGAUUCACCCACUGAACCAUCUACCGACUCCCCCACCGAUGCUCCUACCGACGCCCCUACAGACGCCUCUACUGACCCACCUACCGAUUCACCCACUGUAGCCCCUACCGACAACCCUACUGAUGCACCUACCGAUUCACCAACUGACGCCCCUACCGACGCCCCUACUGAUGCACCUACCGAUGCCCCCACCGAUUCGCCUACCGACGUCCCCACUGAUGCACCUACCGACGCCCCUACUGAUGCACCUACUGAUGCCCCUACUGAGGCACCUACCGACGCCCCUACCGACGCCCCUACCGAUUCGCCUACCGACUCCCCCACCGAUUCGCCUACCGACGCCCCCACUGAUGCACCUACCGACGCGCCCACUGAUGCACCUACCAAUUCACCCACUGAACCAUCUACCGACUCCCCCACCGAUGCUCCUACCGACGCCCCUACAGACGCCUCUACUGACCCACCUACCGAUUCACCCACUGAUGCACCUACCGACGCCCCAACCGAUUCACCCACUGAUCCACCUACCGAUUCCCCAACCGACUCCCCCACUGAUUCACCUACCGACGCCCCUACCAAUUCACCCACUGAUACACCUACCGACACCCCUACUGAUGCACCUACUGAGGCACCUACCGACACCCCUACCGAUUCACCCACUGAAGCCCCUACCGACUCCCCCACCGAUUCGCCUACCGAUGCCCCCACUGAUGCACCUACCGACGCGCCCACUGACCCACCUACCGAUUCACCCACUGAUGCACCUACCGACGGCCCAACCGAUUCACCCACUGAUCCACCUACCGAUUCCCCAACCGAAUCCCCCACUGAUUCACCUACCGACGCCCCUACCAAUUCACCCACUUAUGCACCUACCGACGCCCCCACUGAUGCACCUACCGAUUCACCAACUGAACCAUCUACCGACUCCCCCACCGAUGCUCCUACUGAUGCUCCAACAGACUUUCCCACGGACGCACCAACUACAAAACCAUUGACAUCAAAGCCGACCACAGUAAAACCUACAACUAAACCAACAACGAAAUCACCUAUCACGAUGAAACCUACCACCAAGAUACCUACUACGAUGAAACCUACAACAAUUAAACCUACCACCAAGAAACCUACGACACUUAAACCUACUACGCUAAAACCUACAACUGUAAAACCUACAACAAUUAAACCUACCACCAAGAAACCUACGACACUUAAACCAACAACUAAUAAACCUACUACGAUAAAACCUACAACUGUUAAACCUACAACAAUUAAACCUACCACCAAGAAACCUACAACAAUUAAACCUACCACCAAGAAACCUACAACAAUUAAACCUACUACGCUAAAACCUACAACAAUUAAACCUACUACAAUAAAACCUACAACAAUUAAACCUACUACGAUAAAACCUACAACAAUUAAACCUACAACAAUUAAACCUACUACGAUAAAACCUACAACUAUUAAACCCACCACCAAGAAACCUACGACACUUAAACCCACGACUAAUAAACCUACUUCAACAGUUAAGCCUACUACUAAGAAACCUACGACACUUAAACCUACAACUAAUAAACCUACUACAGUUAAGCCCACUACACUUAAACCUACUACAAUAAAACCAACUACAAUGAAGCCUACCACUAAGAAAGCUACUACGAUGAAACCUACUACUAAUAAACCAACUACAGUGAAACUUACCACCAAGAAACCUACAACGAAGCCGACAACUAAGAAACCUACAACGAAAAAACCAGUUGGUUAG